AAAGGACACCCUUUCUCUCUCCCUCUCCUUUCUCGCUUCGCUCAUUUAUAGCUUCAUUUCCGUUGUUUUCUUGGUACAUUGUCUUCACUCUAUACUACUGCCCUGCACUUCCACUGCUAAUUCUGGAAUUUCUCUUCCCAAAUCUCUCUCUCCUCUUGAGAAACUGUGUGUAUUCAAAUAUUGUAACCGCACUCAAAUAGGCAUAGAAAUUUUGCUCAAUCUGUUAAACACCAUUUAAUGCCUAUUAGCUUUAGACCGAGUUAGAUCGCUCCUCCCCACUAUAUAAAGCCAUGGGCUCCCCCUAAUUCCCUUCAAUCUUAUUCAUGCAAUUCUGCUUUAACUAAACCUUCACUUUUCCAUAAAUGGAGUCUCGCUAAAUUGUCUUGAUUCUUGCUGUUUUCCCCUUUCUGUUUGCAAAGUUUGAAGCUUUUUGAGUGUUAGGAUCCUGGGAUAAAGUGGCUUUACCAUGUAAAUUUAUCUCAUUUUGCUUCUUGGUUUUUGGCUCUUUGCAUUUUGGUUUGAAGUAGUUGAUGAUUUCGAAAAGUUUCUGUUUAGAUGUAAGUUGAGUAUUGAUAUGAUGGAUCUGAGCAUUAUUGUUGCCAACCGUUAGUUCACUUCUGUGUUGUUGAUCAGUAAUGCAUUCAUUUCGUUAAAUCCUUUCUGUUUCUGAUACUAACAUGGAGUUCAAGUAGGCCUAGGAAAGUUCUUGCAGAGCUAUAACCAGUUUCUGUGUUUGAUCACACUUCAUUCAUCGCUGAUCAAUUCUUUUGUUCGUUUCAGUUGAACAAAUACAAACUAUUCUUAUCAAAUUUUAUCAGGAUGUAACCUGUUUUCAAAUUCUUGACAGAUUUUAGUUGAUAUGGACCUCUUGAAAGGUCUCAGAGUAUUAUACAUAGCCUCAAAGAUAUCCCAACUUUUUACAAUAAUCAAGUAGUUUUAUGUUUCUUCUGCCCACAGCCUUUUAUAUGCAAAUAUAGUUUGAGAUAUAAGCCUCUCGAGUACCACUUUUGUUCGAGUUUAGUGUUGUUUCAUUUUCGCGUUUCUUUGUUAAACUAUAUUUGUGUGAGAAUUUUGGGAUGGAGGAAACCUUUGUUCCCUUUCGUGGGAUUAAGAAUGAUCUCAAAGGGAGGCUUCUGUGCUACAAACAAGAUUGGAGUAGCGGGAUAGGCGCAGGUAUCAGGAUCUUGGCUCCAACAACGUAUAUAUUCUUUGCAUCUGCAAUUCCUGUUAUAUCUUUCGGUGUGCAACUGGAGAGAAACACCAGUAAGGCAGAUUCGUCCGAAUAUUCAAAUUUUGGCAUCUUUUUGUUAUGUUGCAAAGAUCUUAUAGGAAAACUUGGUGUUGUUGCAGAUGGAACUUUAACAGCAGUGCAAACACUUGCAUCAACUGCACUCUGUGGUGUGAUCCACUCUGUCAUAGGUGGACAGCCACUACUUAUACUUGGUGUAGCCGAGCCCACAGUGUUAAUGUACACUUUCAUGUUCGAUUUUGCCAAAGAUCGAAAAGAUUUGGGGGAGAAGUUGUUCUUAGCCUGGACAGCAUGGGUCUGUGUGUGGACAUCCAUUUUGCUUUUCUUGCUGGCUAUCUUAGGUGCUUGCUCUAUUAUCAAUCGGUUUACGCGUGUUGCUGGUGAAUUGUUUGGUCUUUUAAUCGCAAUGCUCUUUAUGCAGCAGGCAAUACGUGGAGUUGUGGAGGAGUUUGGCGUUCCUAAGAGAGGAAACGAAAGUGCAACUGCUCUUUUACCUUCCUGGCGCUUUGGAAACGGAAUGUUUGCUUUGGUGCUUUCAUUUGGCCUUCUUCUUACUGCAUUGAGGAGUCGUGAGGCUAGAACCUGGCGCUAUGGUGCAGGGUGGUUUAGAGGGUUUAUCACGGACUAUGGUGUCCCACUAAUGGUGCUCGUUUGGACUGGUGUGUCUUACAUACCAGCUAGCGACGUUCCAAAAGGGAUACCAAGAAGACUCGUUAGCCCAAAUCCGUGGUCAGCUGGUGCAUACACGAACUGGACAGUCAUCAAGGACAUGGGGGAUUUGCCACUACUUUAUAUUAUUGGAGCAUUUAUUCCUGCCACAAUGAUAGCUGUGCUUUAUUACUUUGAUCAUAGUGUUGCAUCUCAGCUUGCACAGCAGAAAGAGUUCAAUCUAAAGAAGCCGUCUUCUUAUCACUAUGAUCUCCUGCUCUUGGGAGUUUUGGUGAUAGUAUGCGGUCUCAUCGGCAUUCCUCCUGCCAAUGGAGUUAUUCCGCAGUCCCCAAUGCACACGAAAAGUUUGGCCACUCUGAAACAUCAGCUUUUGAGGAACAAGCUCGUAUCAACUGCACGAGAUAGCAUCAGUAAAAAUGCCAAUCUAUCUCAGCUGUAUAGAAGCAUGCAAGAAGCAUACACGGAGAUGCAGACUCCACUCGUAUACCAAACUCCAGCUGCUUUGGGGCUAAAUGAGCUGAAAGAAUCAACCAUUCAGCUCGCAUCCACUAGUGGCUACAUGGACGCACCAGUUGAUGGUACCAUCUUUGAUGUGGACAAGGAUGUCGAUGAUCUCCUACCUGUGGAAGUUAAGGAGCAACGCGUCAGCAAUCUACUUCAGGCCUUAAUGGUUGGAUGUUGUCUUGCUGCCAUGCCUCUGUUGAAAAAGAUUCCCACUGCAGUCCUCUGGGGCUAUUUUGCCUUCAUGGCAAUCGAGAGCUUGCCAGGAAACCAGUUCUGGGAAAGAAUCUUGCUGCUUUUCACAGCUCCAAGUCGAAGAUACAUGGUGCUAGAGGAGUAUCACGCGACCUUUGUGGAGACUGUGCCAUUCAAAACAAUCGCGCUCUUCACAUUGUUUCAGACGUUUUACUUGCUUUUAUGCUUUGGAAUAACGUGGAUCCCCAUAGCUGGCGUCCUCUUCCCUUUGCUGAUCAUGCUUCUUGUCCCCGUGCGCCAGUAUCUGCUUCCCAAGUUCUUCAAAGGAGCUCAUCUGCAAGACUUGGAUGCUGCAGAGUAUGAAGAAGCCCCUGCUAUUAACUACAACAUAUCCUAUGACGAACAAGGUAAUACCAUCAAUCUCGACAGUGGUGAGUUGUUGGACGAGAUGAUUACAAGAAGUCGUGGUGAGAUCCGCCAUGGUCGUAGCCCAAAGGUCAAUAGUUCAACUCAGCCACCUCUGGAGGAAAUGAAGUCCAUGUACAGUCCUCGGCUGCCUGAGAGGGUGCAGAGCCCACAUCUUACUGAAAUACGAUCUGAGUUAAGCCCGAGGUCGAACGGUAGACACGUAGAAUUAAGGCAAACCCCGAGCCUUCUCGGACAAAAUAGUCAUGGAUCAUCAUCUUCUUGAUCCAGACAAUCUCCAUUAGUUCUCAUUUUGGUGCUUGAGAGGUCCUUAUUAUGUAGAAGAGACUUGAGUAAUAAUUUAGAUAUUUGGCUGUUCUAACAUCUAAGUUUUUGUGUUUAUUGUCUUACUACAUUGUACACAACCUUCACUCUCAUGGGCAGAAGACCGUUAAUCAUAAAAAUGGGAGUUAUUUAUUUGAAA